UCCACUCGCUCGGCUCACUUUGGACCCGAGAGCCUGCAGCUCCAGUGGAAGAAGCCGAGCGGAGCUGCAACGAAAGCACAGAGGCGACUUUGUUCAAAUCCAAUGAGUGAAAGGACAUCCUUUGUUGGACUCUUUGUGGGGUUCCUGCUCUGUGCGACAGGUGUGCGCGCCUCCUGUCCCAUUGAGUUGAACCCCCCCAGUGUCGUGGUGAGACAUGGAGACCCGAUCUCCGUCAACUGCAGCACAUUGCAGGGCGAGACCGGAGAUAUGGGCUGGGAGGCCAGCAAAGGACCAGGAUUACAACGUGCCAGCCAUCUGGUCUGGACUGUGGCGAGCGUCACAGAAUGGGACAUUAGCGCCUUGUGCUUCUACAACCCACCGGGCAGACCGAAUGAACAGUGCAAAUUGGAACCAACGGUCGUAGUUUACACAUUCCCAGAAACCAUCAACAUCCGCCCCAGCAGCGGUGUGAUGGUCGAAGGGGAGACACGUCAAUUGACCUGUGACGUCCUCAAUAUAGCGCCUGUUACAAACCUCACUGUCAUGUGGUACAAAGGAGAUGCAUUGAUCCGCCAAGACACUUUUGAAAAUGAAACAGAGAAGAAGAACCCGGUGAAUCAGUCAUCUUUACUGAACUUCACAGCGACCAGAGAAGACAACGGGUUGACGGUCAGAUGUGAGGCACAUCUGGACCUGAGGCCAGAUGGACCCCAACUUAAAGCAUUGUCACAGUUGAAUAUUACAGUUCAUUACGCGCCAUCGCAGAUAGCUGAGCUUGAGGACUCGGAGGUCAACGUUGGUUCUGACGUGUGGCUGAACUGCUCCUCGGCGGGCAACCCGCCACCGCGGUAUUCCUGGGAUUACUACCCGACCCCCAAUAUGAUGGUGGAAAUCGAAGAUGGAGUGUCCCGUCUGCACAUCCGUAAUGCCACCGUCUACAACACAGGCUCCUACGUGUGUCAGGCCUCGAAUGAGGGAGGAAGUGUCUCUAAAACAGCCAAAGUCACAGUGAAAGGUGCCAGUAUGAAAUGCCCCAUCAAGAUCAUUCCAGAGAGGAUGGUGGUGCAACACCAAGGCAGAUAUUCACAUACGCACCGAGCGAGUUGCACAACCGAAGACACCAUGCAUCUCGAAGAACUACACUGGGAGGAUAAGCAGGCUGGCAAGACUGACAGCGGAAAUUGGUCUGCUGACACUAAUGGGGACUGGAACCCAGAGCCUAAAUGCUUCGCAACGUUUCGCGUGAUAGGAAGCUGCUCGAAACCGUUAAACCUCACCAUCUACAAAACACCAGACAGCGUCUCCAUCCGGGCUCAGGACAACUUGCCCAUGGAGGGGAGAGACUUCCAGCUGUGGUGUGACGUCACCAACGUGGCCCCCGCGGGAAGCGUGUCCGUGCGUUGGUACAGAGGAAACAAAACCUUCGAGCCAUCCAGCAGAGGCCCCCUGCGAGUGACUGACUGCCAGCCCGACAACAACUCAAGCUGCGACCCGAGCGCUGUGGCACAUCCCCUCAACGUGUCGUCCUCCAUCAGCUUCACUCUGAACAGAACCGACAGCGGCGCAGAGUUCAGAUGUGAGGCUCGGUUGGCUCUCGGUCCCGAGGGGCCGCAGCCCGCUCCGAGCACCAUGUCCGCUCCUCUCAACAUCACCGUCUUCUAUAAGCCCGUCAUUAACACCACGAAGCUUCCAAAGGCGAUCCCUGUGUUCAGAGGUUAUCCCGAGGAGCUGGUGUGUGAAGCCGAUGGUAACCCGCCUCCAAAGAUCCAGUGGAUUUACAGCUCGGACAAAGUUCGCAACAAGUCUGAAGACACGCUCACCGUGUCCGAGGCCGGCACCUACAACUGCACCGCCACCAAUGAGGUGGAUUCCACCUACUAUGUGGUCCAAGUGAUUUUAAAAGAGGACUACCUUCCCCUCAUAGCUGGAUUCGUGGCUGUCACAGUAGUCGCCAUCUCCAUCAUCUUCCUCUUCAUCUACUCGAUCUACUACAAGAACACCAAGAUGCGCCGUUACAGCCUUAAAAACCCCAAGCUCGACACCCCCAGUAGCAACGUAGCCCACAACGGCUGGGACAUGCAGUUUCCUAUGACCAAACUGUCUAGAAAGUUCCGCGAGGGAAGCGGAGCGGGACGCGGGACUCACUCGGACCCAUCUUUCAUUGCCCCCCCCCCCCCCACCCCUGAAGCAGCGAAGGUGUCUCCUCGUUGGCACACCGUCCGAACCAUGAGGUGGCUCUUCGUAUUCAGCGGCGUUCUCCUGUGCGCAGGUCAGCCCGCGAGCUCUUCCUGUCCUUUACAGUUGAGCCCCCCCAGCCCCCUGGUGAGAUUUGGAGACCCCUUCCGGGUCAACUGCAGCUCAACCGCAGACCCGAUAGAGUCGAUGGGCUUGGAAUCGGUAUACGGCAGCGAAAAGUCGGAUGGUGUCUCCUCCGUUGCCAUGGAAAUAACCUCUGUGAGAGACUGGGACAUGACGGUGAUCUGCUACAUUAAUCGCCCCAAUGUCCCACAGUGUUUAACAGACCUUACAGUCACAGUUUACAAAACACCGGACAGGGUGUCCAUCUCUCAGGCGAGUCUAGCAGGCCCCCUGGUGGAGGGGGAAACGUACAGCCUGAUGUGUGACGUUGUGAACGUGGCCCCGGUACGAAACCUCUCCGUGCACUGGUACAUGGGAGGGAAGAUGGUGCACGCGCAGAGCUUCGACGGGUCCGGUCCGUCCCCAGUCAACGCCACGUCGGUCUUCAAUCUGACGGCCCGCAGGGCGGAUGAGCAGAGUCGGAUCAGGUGUGAAGCGCAGCUGGACUUCUGGACCGCGGUUCCGAGUCCGCCGGCGGUCAAGUCGGAGUCCCGCGCUGUCGUCGUGCUGUACCCACCGACCUUCGCGCAGCCCGGAAACGAGACGCUGGAGCUCCAGGCCGGCGGUAAAUUCAUCCUGAACUGUUCGGCCACGGGAAACCCGACGCCGGAGUACGGCUGGCGGGCCCCCGGCGGCGUGCGGCUGACCGGUCCGGAGGGGAAUCGAUCCCUUUUGGCUCCGCCCUUCCCGCUUCCAGGCACCUAUGGGUGCACGGCGUCCAACACCCGGGGCUCCGCAUCCAAAUACUUCACCGUCACCCAGGCGCCGAGGAAUCACACAACCAUGGCGGCCUUGCUUGGAGUUUUUGUCUUCCUGGCGGUGGUGAUCUCCAUCGGCGGCCUUUUGUCGUUGACACCAAAAGGCAAUUUUUCUCUCAGCAAAGGCGGCUAUCUCCUAGGAAGGCCCGCCUCGUCGUUGCAGUCAGAGCGGCUACGCAUUCUGGUCACAGUGGGAGGCCUACAAGCUACAUGCUGCACCAACACCGCUCCCUGCUUCCCCAAGAGUUCAGGAGCGACCGAGCAGAACCGAAAAAACAGCAGGGCAAGAUUGGACGACAGCGCGGCGGGUUACAGCAGAUCCCCCCCGCACAUGCACACACAUCUGUCGGGGGAAGGUUGCUCCCUCAUCCUCAAGCCCCCCCGGGUCGUGGUGGCCUUCGGGGAGCCGGUGUCGGUCAGCUGCGAGGCUGCUCGGCCGGUUCGGGUCCUCGGCUGGGAGUCGGCCAUCAGCGCCGUUUCCACUCAGCGCGACCUGUCGGUCCAGUGGAAGGUGGACAGCCUCAUCGACUGGAUCGAGGAGCCCAUCUGUUACGGGGUGUUUUUCACGGCUCCCAGGCAGUGUGAGGAGAAGCUCAACCUGGUCCUCUACAAGACCCCAGAUAGCGUCUCCAUCCGGCCUGUGGACCACAACGGGCCCAUGGUGGCGGGCAAAGAGUACCAGCUGCUCUGUGAGGUUCAGAACAUUGCUCCGGUCCAGUACCUCACCCUGAGGUGGUACAAGGGCCAGGCUGAGGUUUACAACCACUCCUUCGCCGAUCUCACGUCUUCCUCGCCCGUCCAAGUGUCCUCCGUCCUCAUGGUCACGCCGACCAAAGACGAGAACGGAGCCCAGUACAGGUGCGUGGCGGAGCUGGAGCUCGGACCGGAGGGACCCCAACCACCUCCGUCCGUGACCUCAGAGCCUCUCAAUGCCUCGGUCUACUUUCCCCCGACGUUCCUCAGUCCCGAACCCGAGGUUGUGGACCUUGUAGCUGGUGCUGAGCUGACCUUGAACUGCACCGCCAGUGGAAACCCCACACCUGUGUACAGCUGGCAAUCCUCCAAUCCCCUCUGGGAGAGGAUGGAGGAGGAAGCGGCGCUCAGCUCCUCCUCACUGCUCCCCGGGACCUACACCUGCACCGCCUCCAACACACUGGAGAAGAAGAGCAAGCAGUUCAUUGUCAAAGCCAAGACCAAAGGGGUUUGAAACUAGACAUCUUGAGAUUGGAUCAGAUGACCACAUUGGACAUAAGAGGAGAUUCGAACUAAGUGGAUUUUACUGCUUCCACUUUGGAGACGGAAAUGAAAAAGCAUUCACGACUCAACAGAAAUUUAUGAGGUUCUUGCUAUCAGAGAGAAUAAAAUCCAAUUUAAACAAUAUAAAUCUAUAUAUAUAUUUGAACAUACUAUGUCUGGUAACUGUAGUUUACUUUGUCAGUAUUUCAACAUUCUGAUAGAUUGGUGGUGUUGUUCUCUUUUUAUGCUUCCCUUGUGACAUCCUGUUCCUGUAAAUGUCCCGUUGCGGGCCUAAUAAAGGAUUAUCUUAUCUUAGAUCUUUUAACAUUCAUUUAGCUACACUUGAAUUAGCAAUGAUGACUAUAUUAUCUUCUAUUGUUAAAGAUCAGCAGGUCAAUACUGUAAAUAAGAAUUGUUUCUUCAUUUUCUUAUCUUUAUUAAUAAAAGUAAACUGAAAAAGUA